AUGACGCUCGGAGUGAUUCAAGUGAACAAUGGAACUGCAAACAAAGAGAAUGAAAGUGCUGGUCAGAAGAAACAAGAGAAGAAUAUUGUUCAAGAAAUUGAAAAGAUGUCACUUUCACCAGAGCAGGAAGAGCCUUUAUUGAAGGAAAAUCCUAAUCGUUUUGUUAUUUUCCCUCUUAAAUAUCAUGACAUCUGGGCAUUCUACAAGAAAGCUGUUGCGUCGUUUUGGACUGUUGAGGAGGUUGAUUUGGGGAAGGAUAUGGGAGACUGGGAAAGCAUGAAUGAUGGUGAAAGAUUUUUCAUCUCACGUGUCUUGGCGUUCUUUGCUGCUUCAGAUGGUAUUGUAAAUGAGAACUUGAUAGAACGCUUUUCUCAAGAAGUGCAAGUACCUGAAGCUCGCUUCUUUUAUGGCUUUCAGAUUGCCAUUGAAAACAUACAUUCAGAAAUGUAUAGCAAACUGAUUGAAACCUACAUCAGAGAUGAGCAGGAACGCCAUUUGCUCUUCAACGCAAUUUUCGAGUUCCCAUGUAUCAAAAAGAAAGCAGAUUGGGCACUGAAAUGGAUUGCAGACAAGGAGGCCUGUUUCGCUGAACGUGUGAUUGCUUUUGCAGCUGUAGAGGGAAUCUUCUUUUCCGGAUCGUUUGCUGCCAUUUUUUGGCUGAAGAAACGCGGUCUUAUGCCGGGUUUAACUCAUUCCAAUGAGCUGAUUUCUAGGGACGAGGGACUUCAUCGUGAUUUUGCAUGCCUUAUGUAUAAACACAUCAAGAAUAAGCUCUCACAAGAACGCAUUCAUCACAUCAUCAGCGAGGCUGUAUCUAUUGAACAA